AUGACCAUGGCAGGAAGAUCGCAUUCGGACCCAUCUUCAACCUCAUCUUUUCUCGCACGCUUGAAGGACAGCAUAUCCGACGAAUCGGAGGGUCACACUCCCAAAGACCAGUUGAUUAAGCUGAUGCCACCACCCAUGGCUCGGUCGCGGACAUUUACCGGAUCAACGAGCACUGUGCAGGUUGAUCAGAGACCUUUCUUUUUAGCCCCCUCGCCGUUCUCGACAUUGGAUACAACUCGCAGGCUCCAGGCAGCUGCACCAUCAUUCAAAACUGCUCGCCCUACAACCAAAAGAUUGGGCCAGGCUCAAGACCUACUACGACAAAUGAUCCUGGUCCGUCCAUCAAUGACCCGAUCACGAUCCCUAUCAUUUCAGUCCAUGGACACCUCCAUGAAGUCGACGAAGAUAUUGAGCAAAGCGAGUGAUUGGCAACGAAAGAAAGCAGCGGAAACUAACAAGAACGAUGGGACUAAGUCUCGCUCGACUUCUCCAGCCGUUGAAUCCUGCACAGCUGCCAUGGACUCUCUUUCACCGCCAUCUACAAAGCCGUCUACACCUUUUACUGUCCGUAUCCGGCGAAGAUCUUCUAUUACCAAUACGACUACCAGUCUCUCCCUACCCCUUCAGGAUAUCACAGAUUCUCUCUGUUCUGAUUCAGACGAUGAUGAUGCGGGUCGAGACGAGGAUCUCAGCCCCAACUCCUCCAGUGCGCGCCCUCGCGAUGUAACAGCUGCGAUGGCCAUGCCGGAGCCACCGAAGCGACCGAUGAUCCUGCGCCGUCACCAAACUAUGAUAUCCAGCCGAAGCGAGUUUAUGAGGACACUGGAAGUUGGCACACGGCAGAGAUCUAUUUGUCAGGUGUCUGCCAUCAACAAGAAACCCAUGGUGUUUGCAGCUGAGGGUUACAUUCCAGACCCAUUACGGGAGGACUGCCGAAUUCUGCCCUGUGCUAACUUUGCGUCGAAGCCAGAUGACACCACAAAGCGAAUCACUCCUCAGACGGUAGCGGAUCUCCUGGAUGGCAAGUACGAGGACCAAUACGAUCUACUGUACAUCAUCGACUGCCGAUUUCCAUAUGAGUUUGAAGGUGGACACAUCAAGUCGGCCGUCAAUGUGAACACAACGGACAAAUUGGAGGAACUGCUGCUUCAACCUGCUAUCACUGACAAGCGCGUACUUUUGGUUUUUCACUGCGAAUUUUCAUGCGAGCGCGGACCACGCAUGGCACGCCAUCUUCGCACUCAGGAUCGAGCCGCGAACGCAUCGCAUUAUCCAGCAGUGUUUUAUCCAGAGGUGUAUGUGAUGCAGGGAGGCUAUUCUGGAUUCUUCAAGAAGAACAAAUCGUACUGCUGGCCGGAAGCAUAUGUUGAGAUGCAGGAUGAAAAGCAUUCGCAGGAAUUUCAGCACCAUAUGCGGACAUUUGGGCGCGAGUUUUCUCGGACAGCGUCCAAGGGGUUUCUAGGGACUGAGUCCAAUACCAAGAGCUCCUGUACUGAUGCGGCCAUGUGUCCCUCGCCACUGAAAUCGACUUUGGGACCUGCAUCGACCGCACAAACGACCGCCACAACCGCCCAACAAGGCCUUUACCAAAGUCCUCUCCUCGGUCAAGCAGGCAGUUCUAUCCGGCUCAAAUCCUUCUCCUUUGUCUUUGACGCUGGCCUCGAAGAGGCUGACUCUGACCCUUCCUCCUUCGAGCAACCUGUCGGUUGCCCAACAGCUGCUGCUGCGACCCCGAGUGCUCGCUACAUCCUCGAGACCAGCCCUACUUAA